AUGACGCCCGAAGCGCAUCUUCUUGGACAUGUCAACAACAUGCGCAAAUGCUGCGACAUGUCCCUCUUCUACAAGAACCUUCAAGAGCAAGGUAUCGACUUUAUCGCAGACAGCCUUCUACACGCCAACGAUAUCUUUGCCAAGUAUGCAAGCACAUCGCGCACCGUCGCAUCACCAUCCAAGCUGGCCGGAGAAUUGCUCAAAUCUCCCACCCGUACUCGUGUACGCGCUCGUGAUGCUACGAGUACGGCGGGCCGGUCUCGUGGCGCACUGAACGUCUCAAACGACCCAUUCGUCGAUGCGGCCGAUGUAUUCGACAAGGAGAACGCACCGCUACCGACACGAGCCUCAAGAACACGUACUGCUUCUACUGUCGAGCCGCAGAAGGGCCGUGGCAAGGCAAAAGCAAAAGGCGUUCGAGGCGUCGACGACAGAUCUUCCUCUCCUCUUUCCAGGCCAAGUCGGAAGGUGCUCGCGGAUAUCAAUACACAAAAGAACGGAGCCAAGAAAGCUGUGCAGACAAGUAUCGCAAUAGGCAGGAAGACGACGCACAAAGAUAGGGCCGCGGAGGAUGACAGCAUGGUCACGGAAGCGUCGCUUCAAGCAGACCGCUCACCAGACGAGACCAUGCCGAGGGCCUCUACGCCACCUCCACCGCAAGCUUCGCCUCUCAAGAUUCGUGCUCGUGACGAGCAUGCCCAGACUACUCAGGCGGCGGAAUCAUGCGACAACGCCGUUUCUAUCCUAGAUUCCGACGAGGACGAUUCGGAUGGCGAUUCCGACGUCGAGACCGCAAAACAAGUGGCGGCUGGCAAGUCCAAAGCUGCCCAAGUCGACAAUUCUGAGGCUACGGUGACGUCCACUAGCAUUUCACAGAGCACUCGCAGCGAAGGCAACACGGUCUCCUUUCACGCUGACACGACCGACACAGCGCGGUCCCACGAUAACACGGUCUCGGGCACACUCGUCGACCCCAAACUCGAAAGUGCCCGUCAAGCGGCGUCUGCCCUCCUCACUAGCAAGCUGCAACAGCAGAAGGACGGCAUCGUCGACAAACCCAUCAAGCGAACGCUCGCCUCCUACGGCGCAAAGAAGAGCUUGCCUGCCGUCGCUAGGGAUGCGCGCGCGAGCAACGCAACCACCACCAUUCAUCCUGCUUCGACUCCCGCCGGUCCCGGUUUCCGCUCCAGCUUCCUCAACAAGAGUCUGCGCAAACAGAUCGCCGAUCAGGAAGCUCUCGAGAGCGGCGAUGACUCUGACUCGGACUCGGAUGAAGACGAAGCGGGCCUCGUCGCCGGUGCCGCCUUUGCUGCUAUGCACAAAAAGACCGCAGCCAACACGCAGGCCAACACCUUCGCCAAUGCGGCACCGGCACCGAGCUCCAAGAAGCGCAAGAGCGAUGUAGCCCUUCAAGCCACAGUAGACACCGCUUCGAGUUCAACCGUACCUCCGCAAAAGAUGUCCAAGCUCGCUGCAGCGAUGAUGUCCGCCAAGACGCCAUCGUCCGCUAAAAUGUUGGCAGCAAAGAAGACCCCGGCUACCGGGCCCGCGUCUAAGCUCGAACAGUUCCGAAACAACUUGGCUCACGUUGCUCGCAGCACUGGAAGCGGCGCGAGCGCCAGCUCAGCUGCGCAAUCGGCGUCUUCCGUAACGUCGCCGAGCACCGAGGCAGCCACCAUGGCGCCGCUCGUCGUCCCCGACUCUUCCAAUGCCGCCACCGAUGCAGAGGUGCUGACAUCGCAAAGGACUCACGCUCCGUCUGACACCUCGAGGCUUUCGGACUCGAGAUCCUCAGACUCCGGCUCCGAAUCGACCGAAAAGAUCGCCGCAGGUACCAAGAGUGGCGAGUCGACUAUCAAAGCUUCUGCGAUCCCACGAUCGCCCGCACGCUCUCCUUCUCGAGCCGCCGCCACUUCGCCGAUGAGGCCUCCGCCUCGCACCGGCAGUGUUCGUAAGUCUCCCCGCAAGCUAGCAGAGCAGAUGAAGGCAAGCGAGCAGAAAGCAGAGAGGUCGGCUUCGCCAGGGCCCAAGCCCAAAGAUAGCGCAACCCUGUUCCAGUCGAACCGGUCGCAGGAGCCACGAAGCCCUACAACGCAGCCUCGAAGUCUUGCUGCGCUUUUCGGCAGCCCCAAGCACAACACUAAGCUACCCACUCUGUCUUCUACCAUGGGCGGCAGCACUACUCCUGCUCACUCACCUCCCAAGAACUGGCAAGGAAGUCGCCUGCCGUUUGCGCCAUCGUUCCAAGUACAAUCGCAAGCACAGCGCGACACGAACAAAUCCUUGCCGCAGACUCCAGCGGAGGAGGUCGUCGAGCCUGUCACGAAGCAAGUGGUGGAGACCCAACGCGUCGUCUCCGCAACUUCGACGACCCAGACCACCUCCAAGAUGGAAGCAGCAGAGAGCCAGUUCUUCGACGCUCGCUCGAGGGAGAAUACGCCCGAGCUAUCCAGUGUGCCAGCUCCAGCAACAUCAACCGUGACGACGAACCCUUCGACAUCUGGCAAGAUCGCGACCGAGACGGCCGCCAGAAAGGAGCCACUCCCAGUCGCUGUGGUAUCGGCUGCUGCGAACAAAGCGGCAAGCACCGCCAAGACGGCUUCUCUUUCCCCGAAAAAGGUGGCCGCGAAGGCGCUUGCGAAGGCAGGUCCAACAUCGCCUACCAAGGCGAGCAGUCUCCGAGCUGCUGCCAAUGCCGCGUCCCCGUCGAAGAUGAAGUCACAGGCAUCAGCGCGCGCAGCACAGCAGUCCGGUGUGCCAGCGCCCUCUGCAUCUCCCUCGAGGGCCUGGGGCAUUGGUGAAAAGAUCAAGGGCUUCCUCGGGCUCCAUGCCUCCACCACGACCAACACUUCUACUGCAGCCGCUCAGACAAAGAUCUCAGCAUCGAGCACCUUCCAGCCGCGUGCCAAUCUACCCAGCAGCGCCACUAGCGCCAGCAUUGCCGACCAAAAGGCCGUAGCAGCAGCGCCUGCGCCGGCUCCGGCCAUCCCAGGUGCCCUGCUUGCAAGCCCUCCGCCUUCAGGCAAACCACCGCAGGUCAACUCGACCCCCUCGAGCGCGAACGCAUCGGCGCUUGCUAACGGCAAGCUCACAAGCAUCGCUCGCGCCGAGAUGCUGCGCAAGAAGCAGGUCGAGGAGGAGGAGCGCAAAGCAAAGGAAAAGGAAGAGCGUCGACGAAUGCUGAUGGCCAAGAAGGAAGAGCGUGCCAAAGCCGUCGCCGAAGAGGAGCUCGAAAAGGAGAACCGCAAGCGUGCGCGCGAUCAGAAUGACCGCAUCGGCCGAUCUGGCCUCGAAGAUGCCAGCAUGGCCUCUUCCAACGGCGCACCAGCUGCUAUCCCGGCCGCCCUCUUGGGCAACAUCGUCGUCGGUGGUUCUGCAACGUCAGGCAGUCUGCAAAGCAGCUCAGCAAGCUCUAGGACGAGCGCUGUCAGCGCUGUCAGCGCUGUCAGCAGCGGACCGCCCUCGCGCCCUGCGAGCGCCCUCAACGGUAGCUAUGCCGGUGUCAAGAGCCGCUAUAUGCAGGGCACAGUCCAACAACAGCAGCAGCAGCAGCAGCAGCAACAACAAAGCGAGGAUAGCAACAAGAAGCGACGCGUGACAAACGACAAGGAGGCUGCAGCAGCCAGCUCUCAGAUUCCCGCGAAACAGCAGCAGCAGCAAGUCCCCCCCAACGCUCGUCCCGGUACGUCAGUGGCAACCUCGCAGAUCGGCGCUCCCAAGAUGGUGCGCACCAUCAGCCAGUCGUCGAUACGGCCUGGCGCUCCGACGCAGGCACAGGUGCAACAACAGCAACAGCGUGCUCAGCCACAAGCAGGUGUUCAGCCACCGCAGCAGAUCAAGCUGGCCAUGAAACCAGGCGCGGCGGCAGCAGCGGCAGGAUUCGGAGCAGCGCCACGCAUCCCCGGCGUAGGUGCAACCGCCGGCAAUGGAGCUGCUGCAGCCUCUUUGAUGGCCAGCAACGGCAAGAUAGUUGCUCCGGCGCCGCAAACGGCAGCCAAAACCAUGGCCAAUGCCAACUUUUCUUCUUCCAAUCCAUUCCAGCAAGCCAAGCAGCAGCAGCUGCAGAUGCAGAUGCAGAAGCAGAAACAGCUUCAGUUGCAACAGCAGCAGCAGCAGCAAGCUGCAUCAAAUGCAGCACAAGCUCAAGCUGCCGCCAACGCAGCAGCUCUGCGAGAGCAAGACUUGCAUCGCGCGGCCCAACUGCAAUUUCAGACGCAGAAUGCCGCCGGAGGACGUUUCGAAGAGUACGACGAUCCGGCUCAGGAAGAUCCGGACGAGCCGUUGCCCGACAUUGCAUCCGAAUAUUCCGACUCGGAGGACGAAGAGACCAUCCAAAAGCGAGCCGCCAUGCCCUUGUGGACUCAAGGUGACGCGCUGGAUGCUGCUUUGCUCGCGCAGUCCACGGUGGACGCAGACGAGAUCUUUGGUAUUCCGCAAGGUCCCGUUGAGCUCGAGAAGAUCCUGCCUGGCGAACGUACUGCCAACCGCAUCCGUCGCCCACGCACGUCAUCUGCCAACUGGUCUGGUCCGGAUGGACUGGCGCAGUGGGAGAUUGACAGAUACAACAAGCGGAUGGGCAUCAAGGGGGCUGGCGUGCAGCUUGCGAGGAGGGACGGAAGUCACCCACCUCCGCCGCCGCCUGGCGUCAUGGCGAGGUUGUCGAUGGCGCAACGACAGUCCAUGUCACACCAUUCGAUGGCUGUCGUAGGCUCUGCACCCUCGGCGUCUUCAUCGAUUGCGCCUGGUGCGAAUGGCGUCAGGAAGGAAGACAGCCGCGGAAAGCCCUGA